GGAAUGUCUGGUUGCGAAGGUAGUGGCAGUUGUGGUGUGCUGCUGGAAGAAGCAAGUGUUUUCACUGGGCUUGUUUGCUGCUAGUUUAGUAGCAACAUUUUUGCCCAUACAUCUGUUAAGUUUGGCGCCUAACUAACAGGCGUGUUACUCUCUCGCUUAAUAAUUAUGCUCUCCGCAUGUUAAUAUUGCAAACUAGCUUGCGAGGUGAACGUAACCUUGUCUGAAAAGCAUCUUUGAAUAUAAUUGGAACAUACGAUGCCAUCCCCGAUGGAGGGAUUCAGAGAAGGUGACCUCUUUACUUCUGUGAAACAUGAGCUGAAAAAUGCCAACCUGACGGGCCACGUAGAGAGAGUGGGCAUUGAAAUUGAGCUGUUGAAGGUGCUUGGCACAGGAGCAUAUGGCAAGGUGUUCCUGGUGAGGAAAGUGAGUGGCCAUGAUGCAGGGAAGCUGUAUGCCAUGAAGGUUUUGAAGACCACAAUUGUACAAAAGGCAAAGACUGCUGAACACACACGCACGGAGCGGCAGGUGCUCGAACACAUCCGCCAGUCUCCGUUCCUUGUCACACUUCACUAUGCCUUCCAGACGGAUACCAAGCUGCACCUCAUUCUUGAUUAUGUAAUGGUGGAGAGCUCUUCACAACAUUUGGUGCAAAGGGUGCGAUUUAAGGAACAAGAAGUUGCCCUGUACAGUGGAGAGAUUGUGUCAGCGCUGGAACAUCUACAUGAGCUUGGCAUUGUCUACCGGGACCUAAAACUUGAGAAUAUUCUGCUGGAUUCAAGUGGACAUAUAGUUCUCACAGACUUUGGCCUCAGUAAGGAAUUUGAUCAGGUACAAUGGAAAAGAGCGUUUUCUGUCUGUGGCACCAUUGAAUAUAUGGCUCCAGAAAUAGUGGAAGGUGGAGAGUCUGGACAUGACAAGGCGGUGGACUGGUGGAGUCUCGGCGUUUUGAUGUACGAGCUUCUGACUGGCGGAUCCCCCUUCACCGUGGAUGGAGAUGAGAACUCGCACACAGACAUCGCCAAGAGGAUUUCAAAAAAGGAUCCUCCUUUCCCCAAAGAUAUGGGACCUCUGGCCAAAGACCUCAUCCAGCGACUCCUCAUCAAAGACCCCAAAAAGAGAUUGGGCUCAGGCCCUAAAGGAGCGGAGAAUGUAAAAAAACACCCAUUUUACCAGAAAAUUAACUGGGAGGACUUGGCAGCUAAGAAGGUUCCCGCCCCGUUCAAGCCAGUGAUUCGGGACGAGCUGGACGUCAGCAACUUUGCCGAAGAGUUCACGGAGAUGGACCCCACCUACUCUCCUGCAGCUCUGCCUCAGAACUGCGAUCGCAUCUUCCAGGGCUACUCCUUCAUGGCCCCCUCCAUCCUGUUUAAGAGGAAUGUGGUGAUGGACGACCAUCUCCAGCUGUGUGGGGGCUCCGAGAGGCCCCGCUCUGCCGCGGUGGCCCGCAGCGCCAUGAUGAAGGACUCUCCUUUCUACAUGAACUAUGAGAUGGACCUGAAGGACAGCGCUUUGGGAGAGGGAAGCUUCUCCAUCUGCAGGCGGUGCACACACAAGAAGACCGGACAGAAAUACGCAGUCAAGAUUGUCAGCAAGAGGAUGGAGGCGCAGACUCAGCGGGAAAUAGCAGCCCUGAAGCUCUGCGACGGCCACCCUAACAUAGUCAAGCUACAUGAAAUCUACCACGACCAGCUCCACACGUUCCUGGUUCUGGAGCUGCUGGGUGGAGGCGAGCUGCUGGAGAGGAUCCGCAGGAAGCAACACUUCAGCGAGACAGAGGCGAGCCGCAUCAUGAGGAAACUGGUGUCUGCCGUCAGUCACAUGCACGACGUAGGAGUGGUGCACAGGGACCUCAAACCGGAGAACCUGCUCUUCACAGACGAGAGUGAGAACUCCGAGAUAAAAAUCAUAGACUUUGGUUUCGCUCGCCUCAAACCGCCAGACAAUCAGCUCCUGAAGACGCCCUGCUUCACCCUGCACUACGCCGCGCCUGAGAUCCUCAAGUACGACGGCUACGACGAGUCAUGUGACCUGUGGAGUCUGGGGGUCAUUCUGUACACCAUGCUGUCCGGCCAGGUGCCUUUCCAGUGUCAGGAGAAGAGCCUGACCCACACCAGUGCUGAGGAGAUCAUGAAGAAAAUCAAACUGGGAGACUUCUCCUUCGAAGGCGAGGCCUGGAGGAAUGUGUCCCAGCAGGCCAAGGACCUAAUCCAAGAGCUGCUGACGGUGGACCCAAACAAGAGGAUUAAGAUGUGCGGCCUGCGCUACAACGCCUGGCUGCAGGACGACAGCCAGCUGUCCUCAAACCCUCUCAUGACCCCCGACAUCCUCGGCUCCUCCACUGCCUCCGUCCACACCUACGUCAAAGCUACCUUCCAUGCAUUUAACAAAUGUAAGCGUGAAGGUUUCCGCCUGCAGACGGUGGACAAAGCGCCGCUAGCCAAGAGGAGGAAGAUGAAGAAGACCAGUACCAGCACGGAGACCCGCAGCAGCUCCAGUGAGAGCACGCAAUCCUCGUCCUCCUCCUCCCAGUCUCUGGAGAAGAGUUUUCCAGAGGGCAGCUCCAAGCCGCAGCCCUGCAGCAGCACCCCCCUCACCACGCCCGCCGACGACACCCCCGCGGCCCUGGGGACGGACUCUGAGCACCAAGCAGAGCAUCCAGCCUUCCACUUCUCAGAGGGACAGUGAGACAGGAACAGUUGAGAUUCAGACGGUUUCAGGACCUGCAGGAUGGCUCGGACCAGCUCCUUUAUCUUUCUCUCCGUCCCUGGCAGCCCUCCGAUUGCAUGGACGUCCACACGUCUCCACACCAAGCAUGCAGCAGGAGCAGCGACCCUCUCCUCAGUCUCAAUCAAUCAUCACUAGCAAUAGCCUCUUUUCUCUCACGUUGACUGUGUCGAUCAGGGACCGGACCAGGAAGAGGUCGCCACCAGGGUCCAAAAUGUCAAACACUGCCCUACUGCCCCAGGUCCAGACAGACGAUAGAAAGUCCGCAAGCUCGCUCUCCGUCCGCUCCAUUCACCCGUGUCUGUCCUCGCCUCCUGAGGUUUUUAAAGGGAAAGUCGUCGUGUUUACACCACGGAUGCUUCGUGUUUAUGUUUUGUCUAAAGGGAGAGAAGAAACGCAGCGUAGAGAAACGUCCACGUUCACUUCUCUGAUCCGGGAAGUCUGCAACGCGAAGCAGAGUAUUUAUAUGUGAAUUUUACAGACUGAGAUUUAUUUAUGAUAAGCUAUAUUGCUAACUUAUUCAUGGUUCAGACCUGAUCUGAAAAGAAAUAAGGGAUACAGUGAGUCCUUUAACGUGUGUGUGUGUGUGUGUGUGUUUUAUCAGCUCAAAAGACUGUUUCUAUGUGGUCAGAUGGUUGUUCAUUCAUCUAUGUAGUCGUCAUUAAUGCUUCGAGUAGGUUACUGAGACACAGCUAAGUAGACAUUGUAAGACUAUUAUGGGAAAGAAAAGACGGCUAUGAGAAAGUUAUGCAAGUUCUUUGGACUGCAGUUGUGUCAAAGUAGAUUUAAAAAAAAGUAAUGUCCUUGUUCAUAAGGACUAAAGAAGCAAACCAUUUUUAAUAGGAACAACCAAAUGUGGAUGUAGUUUGUUCAGCCAAAUGUCUUUUAUUGUUGUAUGAGGGAGUGCAGCCGCCUGAGGGAAGGUCACCCUACAUGGAGAGCUAUUUUAGACAGAUGUUUGCCUCUGAUGUUGGAGUGUGACUACGUCCAGACUCAGCAGUGCUGUUGUUCCACACGGUCUGAUCCUCAAGGCAGUAUUUAGCCCGGCACUGGAUGUGCUUCUUAUAACUACAACCAAUUGGAUUGAGCAGAACAUCCCAAUUGGAAAGUUCUGAUCAGCUUAGUGCGAGGUGAAGGAGUCGAGGCGGUUGUGGUGAUGCCAAAUGUGCAGCAUCAAGUGGCUUCUUUGUCAGAUAAAAAAAAAGAUCACAUUAUUGGAGAAUGAAAGGGUUUAUGUGCCAAAAAAGGCUGGUGGUACAUUCUGACUUUUAAUGCAAUCUAGUGCAAACGUUGCCCAUUGUGUCGUUCCCCAAAGUCUUAAAACUUCUACAAACGAUCUUCCCUUUAUGAAAAACAUCAAGUCCCCCGCCCCUUGCUCUAUUUACCAUGUUGUACUGCAUGACUGAAACGGUGAUCUUUGCACUAUGUGACAGCUCUCACUUUGAGGCAGAUAUCUGGUUAGUAUGAAAUCCCCCGUGCAUGAUGUAAACUGAAACAUCAACCUCUUCCUUCUCUUUCUUUAAUGGGCUUUUUCGGGCAGAUUCUCACUUGAUUUAAUGUGAGUUUGUUUACUUGCACAUUUGAAUAUGCCCACAUGUAUGGGGGAGUUUGACUGUUUUCCUGGUGUUUGGAUGAAAACACCAAGAACCCUUUUUACAAUAGCCUGAAUAUUUUAAUGUCCCGAUGUUACAACUCUGGUGUAAACCAGGAGAGCUCGGCGAGUGAACGCCACGCUCUGGUAAAUGUUUUUUGAAAAAGUAUGUGUUAGUCUGUUUUCAAGGUAAUAGUUGAAAUACUGUAUUCUGUUCAUGUCCUGGGUCUCUGUGUUCAGUAUGUGAAGCUGCCUCAAACAGCUUCUCGUGCUCAACGAGGACGCAGUGGGACUACUGUGUGCAUUCACACACUCCCUCAUCUUCUUCCAUUUGAAUGCACUCUGAAUCCGAACCAAAGCAUUAACUUCAAGGUAGCUGCUCUAAGCUGCAUGAGAAAUAUCCUUUCAUGCAUAUAUGCAAAGAAAUGCUUCUUAUAUUUAUGUCACAGUUUCUGUUUGUCUGACUGUUGACAAAAGCUCCAUCUCUGAAACUUUUUACGUGUUUCAUCAGAGAUCCUUUAUAGGACCUAAAAAGACCACAUCCAGCACAUUAUCAUGCUUUAAAACUAUGCAUCUUUUUUCACUGUUGUGUUGCUUUGCCAUUUCAAACUCACUUCUCAAUGUACUUUUACCCUCAUCAGCCACAGUGGAAAUAGCAGAGUUGUAUCCGCGGCCGGUACAACAAGCUGGCAUCCUUGAAGCUGAACGCUACGAAGCUCUUGUCUUACUUAGUUCGCAUGAGUUCCCUGUUGCUGCCUCAUUAAGCCUCUUUUCCUUUGUUUGGGUGUAUUAAUAGCUCAAGUGGAGGCAGAGGAAAAGUGUCCUAUAUGGAGCUCCCCUCUGGGAGCCAGGCUCUAUUAGCUGAAGCAGUGCUGUUUGUUCCAAAGAUAUGCCGUGCUCCACACGCUGUGGGACCAGCGCUCUCUUUUUGUAGGGAAAAGAACCGUGUAUCACAGGAACGGCUUGGUUUAGUACCAACGUCUCCCGGGGCAGAUUUUUAAAACUAGGUUUCCCCUCUUUGAUGAACAACUCGUUCAGCGUGCCUCUGUGAAGCAGAGCCGAGGGAGGGGGGCCGGUCUGAUUGGACGUCCUGUUGUCUUUGAUGCACUUUUGUUUAUUGGUUCCCUGGAAAUUGACUGAAAGCUACUUUUCCUGAGCACAGUGCUUCCUCUUUUUUUAGCUUUUCUUGGAGUUAAAUCCUGAACCAAACCUUUGUAGCGCUUUGCAACAUGAAUUAGAGGGCUGGUACUUUGAAGUGUUUUGUAUAAAGCCGUGACUGCUGUUGUGCAUUUUAGAGUCGAAGGAUUGGACGGUUCCUGUGAGCGUCUGUCAGUGGAGUUGUGUCGUGAUUAAGAGACCAAUGUGUGUGCCAAAGCUGAAAGUCUCAUCUUGGAGAACACGGCUUUGUGCUUUUUUGUGUGCAUGUUUUUCCUGUAAAAGUGGUCAUUUUUAGACGGAUGCUAAGACAUUGUGGCUCUUUUUUGUCCGUUUUUACUAUGGAAUCUGUCCGUGGUGCUGAAGUGACCAAACCUCUGCUGGAGCUGCAGAAAUGACCCGUCGUAAUAUGACCAUUCAAAGCAGUGGUUUCCAACAUGGAGACCCCAAGCAUUAAAUGUACAUUUAUGUCAAAACACAUUUAUUAAGACUUUCUUACAGGGAAGAUCCACUCGUUGUACACAUAUACAUCUCUUAACAUGUCCUAGAGAGAAUUUGGAAAACACAUUGUUUAAAGCCUGUUAUGGAAAAAGUCAUGUCACUUUUUUUGGUUUGGACUGAUGACUGAAGUUUAAACAUCUGGCACCAAAGAUCUGGAGGUGUAGAGUUACAAUGAGCUUUCCAGAUAAGACACAAUGUUCACAUUUCGGUCAAUAGUGUUUAAUAACAUCUAAGUUAACUUUUAAAAGGUUGGGAAACACUGCUUUGAAGGGUCAGCUUCACUCAAAUGACAGUUUUUAUAGGAUUUGUUGUGUGAAACAAAGCAAUUGUUAUGAAUAUGUCCACACUACGAGGUGUGGAUUAUACACAUUACAUCUGAAAAUAAAAUAUUUAGUUUUUAUUUUAAAUUGUUCAGUGCUGAGAGCAUCCCAAACAUAGAAAUAUCACAACCAUUGUCAUAUAAAACAUAAGCUAUAGCACUUGUACUAUAAAAUACUGGAUGUAUUUAUGGAAUUUGGGUGAACUGACCCUUAAAUGAUCCAUUUUUGGGAGAAGAUGUUUUACUGUCAGAUGAGAGAACUGUCAGCUCGACAUUUGGACGUGUGUUUUUGAAUUCAUUGAGUUGACUCGGUGCUCUAAUGUUGACUGAGAUUAUUGAAAAGUAUUCAGUUUGUUUCAAUGAGGGAAACACAAUUGUUAGAGAUGUCAUUCAGGGCCUGUGCCAACCUGCCACUUUAGGCAUCAUCAUCAUCAUCCUCCUCUUCAUCACCAUCAUGCAUGCGCUGCUGCUCAGUUCCUGUCCAUAUUUCUCACGUUUCAUCUCUUCUUGUCAUAUCGUUACUGAGCGUGUCAAAAAGUACUGUAGCAGUGAUUCCCUUUGGUCGAUAUUGAAAUGUUUCCAAACACGCAAUCAAGCUUUAAAGGCAAAACUUUGCACUUGUAUGUUAUUUUUUUUUUUUUUAUCAUGCAAUUAAUUAUUACUAUGAUUCUUUUGUUGUUUUAAAAAAAAGAAAGAGAGAAAAUGUCCUCUUUGAUUUUGUGCAGGUAAAAAAAGCGUUAACUUAUUCAUCCGUCUGUUUCUGCUCCUACAUUUCUGAGAUGAUACUUUGACAUGAACCUCAACACCGAAUAGUACUUUUACUGCAGUGAAUACACACCGUGUGCAUAUCUGCUUUUUUAGGGCACUGUGAACAUCAUCCAGGUCUCUGGCACACCAUCGAUGAGGAAAGAAACCUUGAUUUGCUUCAAUAAAGGCUUUACUUAGUGGCUGAAUAUGUACAUUUAAUAACCUGAAACCAGUCAUGGAGGGUCUUUCAAUGGACUCUUGCUUCAUUGUAUUUUUAAAGUGUAUUACUGGAGAUAUUUUCGAAUACCAAGACGUGUGUGUGUACUAGACUUAAAGGUGGGGUAUGUAAUUUAUUUCAGAAACACUUUUUGUUAUAUUCCAUGGAAUGCUCUUAACAUCCCGAUAGCAAUGAAUAUCUUAAGUGCUUUGACAAUAAAUACAU